UGCUACUUUAGAAUCCAGGUUCCCGCUGCCAAAUGUUUGCGCGCCUGGCUUAUUUCGACAUUUGAAAUAGGAAUCUCGCCAUGUUCGCUAUUCGAACGAUAUGUCUCCUUAAAAAAGUCGAGUUGAACACCUUUGCAUUAUGUUCUGCAAUUUUGAACAGAAGGAGCUUAAUAUCCACGACUUCUAAAAGAUCGCGUCAUUCACUGCUUUCAACAAGGCUAAAGCUUCACCAGAGUGGAAUUACUUUGACAAAGAAAUUGUGCACUGCAAGAACCUUAGAUGAGGUGUCAUAUCACAAUACUGCAGAUGAGACACUGGAUGCCCUAGCAGAGUUAUUCGAAGACCUUGGUGAAAGUCCAUCAAGUCCCACAGACUAUGAUGUUCAAUUGAGUGAUGGAGUACUUACAGUAAAUUUGGGAGCAGGGCGUGGUACCUAUGUGAUAAACAAGCAAAGCCCUAACAGGCAAAUUUGGUUGUCAUCUCCUACAAGUGGCCCAAAGAGAUAUGAUCUGAAAAAUGGCUCCUGGAUAUACACACACGAUGGUGCUUGCCUACACAAUCUUCUGUCAUCAGAGAUUUCUCUUGCACUUGGUCAUGAAGUAGACUUUACUUUACUACCUCAUGGUGGAGCAGAUAAAAAUGGUUGAUGAAAAUAAAAUUACCAAUG